AUGCUCAACUUCUCGGUUGCGAGUUACUACACCACCCGCUUGCACCAACACCACUCUCCAUCCUCCUGUGGGCACCUCGGCAAGGACAUCCCGGACCUCGAUGCCCUCGACGGUACGCUCCUCGCCGCCUUUCACGACCCCGCAACCGACACCAACGGCAUGCUUGUCUACGAAGAGCGCAAGCAGCGCUACGUGCUCGCGUUCCGGGGCACUGGUAGCAUUAAGAACGCUGCGACGGACCUCAAGUCGCGCCAGAUGCGGCUUCCCGGCACCGGCUACACGUCGCAAACGAUCCGAGAACGCACCAAGGGAAAAGGCACCCGGCACUUUGUGCACGUGCACUCGGGCUUUUACCACGCGUACGUGACGCUCGAGCAGCAUCUGCACGCGGCAAUUGGCAAGAUUCCAGACAAGAGCGUCGUCAUUUGCACGGGCCACAGCCUCGGCGGCGCGCUUGCCACGAUCGCCGCCAUGGACUUGGCGCUGAAGCGGCCCUCGCUGCGCCUUGCUGUGUACAAUUACGGCAGCCCCCGCGUCGGCAACCACGCGUUCCAGGAGCUCUUCAAUGCGACGAUGCCAGCGUUUCGCGUCAUCAAUGACGGCGACAUUGUCACGCAGUAUCCCAAGCGCGACUAUACCAACGUCGACCUUGACGGCGUCUGUGUCUACAAGCACGUGGGUGCUGAAAUCACGCUGCUCUGCGGCAAGGACGCGGUUCGAGGCAUUAUUAUCCGGCCAACUUUCAUCGACCGGUUUUUUGUCUUGCUGCACCGGAACAGCCUCGCGAGCCACAGCCUUGAAAACUACCGCAACAGCUUCCGAUCGCUCAUGGUUCCCGGUACAGACCGCCUUGGCGUGUCGAGCUGCAACUCGUCGCGCGAAGCAAGCGUCGAGAGCAUCGACAAGGUGAACGACAAGGAGGAGCAGGAGCAACAGCGUAAGCAUCUGGCGACAACGCACGACAUCCACCUCGAGCUCUCGACUAAUGUGACGGAAAAUUCGACCGCUGAAGACACGACCCCCGCAGACACGACGGACCUCGUGCGUGGCGAAUUUCCCUAGAAGCGACUUUCAGUUCGUUGUGGGUGAUGUGGCAUCACGCACAUGCAAACUCCAGGAGGAGCGCAAGCUCCAGGUUGCGUACGCCUUAUAUAUAUAUUUAUAAGAACGUGUUCUGCGACAGAG